GCAACAUUCUUCCAGUCUUCCACUGUCCAAUUUUGGCACUCGCAAGAAAACUCUGGUCUCUUGGUGGUGGGCGACACCAACCUCUUGCAGCAUCAUGUCCAAAUACCUGAAGCAUUUCACGGCGGUGGGUGACAACCACCAAGCAGUACAGCAGCACAGUGUGGUGCUGCAUGAGGUUAGUCCGGAGCUGAGACCAGCCACAGGACAGCUGACCCACGGUAGACCCACCUUCAGAGACUCUCUGAAAAGACUCUACGCCUCAGAACGAUUCCAGAUAGCUGUGGUCUGCUUGGUCAUCCUGGAUGCCAUCUUUGUGCUUGCUGAGCUACUAAUAGACCUGUCAAUCAUCAAGUUGGAGCAUGGACAUGUUGCGCCUCAGGUCUUCCAUUAUUUGAGUCUGGCUCUCCUCACCUUCUUCAUGAUGGAGCUGGCUGGGAAGCUCUUUGCCUUUCGCCUCGAGUUCUUCCAUCACAAGUUUGAGGUGUUUGACGGGCUGGUGGUGAUUGUGUCCUUCAUCCUGGACGUGGUGUACAUUGCCAGUGAAGAUGCCUUUGACGGCAUGGGUCUGCUGAUCCUCCUCAGGCUCUGGAGGGUGGCCAGGAUUGUCAACGGAAUUCUGUUGUCUGUGAAGGCAAGAGCCGAUCACCAGGUUCACAAGCUGAAGGAGAGCAAUGAUCAGCUGGUCCAGCAAGUUAAUGACCUACAAGAGCAAAAGAGCAAGACUGAAGAAGAGAACAGGAAACUACGGGCUAUCCUGCAACAACAUGCCAUUGAGUUCUGAUCCAGGAUGAGGAACAUGCCAUUGUCAUUAUCUACUUUUAUACUUUAAUUGGAAUUGAUUAAUAAAACAACAGUAUUUUCUGAAAAGUCUUCACCGUUCAUACACCUUUUGGGAUUUAUCUAAUGAAUUUAUCUAAUGAAUUCAUGUCAGGUGCUAAAACUGUUCAGAUCUUAGCCUGGUAUACCUUUGUGGUAUGAUAAUGAAUAUGAUAUCACAGACAGACUGCCACUGUUAAAAUCACUGAUUUUUACUGAUAAACAUCAGUACGAUCUAUCUGCAUAUUUCAGUGGCGUUUGAAAGCUGACUAUGUUUUUUGAUUAGCAUUGUUCAUGUCAUAUGCCUGUAUCAUGCUUUGUAAUGUACAUAUGCAUCAUUUAAUUUUCUUUUAUGAACAGAUUUAUUUUUACUAUGAGCAAAUGACAGAUAUUGUAUGCAAAUGUGUUAUACAGAAUAUCCUGCUGUAUUCCUGAAUGCUGGUCAUAAAAUUAGAAUAUCAUCAAAAAGUUG